AUGACACAAUUACCUUCAGUGUCAGAAUUGAUCAAUUAUACUGGAUCAAUAAAUUUAGGUUCAUCAAUUACUAGAAUCCCACCAAUAACAACAACAACAACAACAAUAACCAACACUACUAGUGCUACUACUGCUACUACUCCAAAAAGUGAACAUUUAAAUUCACCUGAUUCACCAAGUGUUACAUCAUCAUCUUCCUACAAAUUUUCACAAUCAAGUCCUUAUGGAAGUAAACAUAAUUCAACAUCUUCACAAUCUAGUAAUGGAGAUUAUUUUCAACAACAACCACAACAACAACCACAACAACAACAACAAAAACAAUCACAACCAUCUGGAGUUUAUUUAUCUAGUAAUACUUCACCAAGAUCAAGUAUUGUUCAAACAAUGUCAUCAGUACCAACACCAAGAUCAACAGGUUCUAUACAACAAACAUUCAUUCAACCACCACAAGUACAACCACCACCACCACCAUCACAACAACAAGUACAACCACCAUCACAGCCAAAUUACAUUCAUUUCAAUAAUUUUGUAUCACCACCUAUAUAUACAACUAAUUAUCUACCACAGUACUACUACCAUCAACCAUCAGAAUCAAUCUCACAAUUUCAACAACAACAACAACAACAACAACAACAAGAACAACAACAACUUCAUCAUCCUCAUCCUCAUCCUCAUCCUCAUCAUCAUCAUCCACCACCACCAGAAAAUAUUCAAUAUAUUUAUCACAACAAUCACAAUCACAAUCACAAUUUCAUUCCUAACGUUCAUCCAUUUUAUACAUCACCACAAUUUUACUUACAAGAAAUCGUUCAAUCAGAAGAAGCAAAUAAAGCUCUUUUUAAUAAACGUCGAAUAAUUAAAAGACGUACACGUACUGGUUGUCUUACUUGUAGAAAAAGACGUAUAAAAUGUGAUGAAAGGAAACCAUAUUGUGAAAAUUGUGAAAGAAGUAAAAAAAUAUGUCUUGGAUAUCAAGAUUUACUGAAAUUACCAUCAAGGAAAAAAAAUCGUGAUGAUAUUAAUAAUAAUAAUAAUAAUAAUAAUAAUAAUAAUUUAAAUUUAUCAAAUGAAAAACAACAACAACCACCACCACAACAAGAACAACAAGAACGACAACAAGUUAAUUCUAUUUGUAAUUCUUCAAGAAAUCUUGAAAUGAUGAUUCCUCAAACUUUUAAAAAUCUGAUCAAUAAUAAUAAUAAUAAUAAUAUGCUUCCUCCACCAAUCAUCAAUUGUUAUAACAGUACUAAUAGAGUUAGUACUACUACUACUACUGCAACAACAGCAAAUUCAAGUAUUGGUGGUUCUGGUGUAGGUGGUGGUUCUGUUAUUAAUAGAGUUUCAGUAGCUGAUUUACUUAAAUAA